GGAGCCACCGCCCAGGCGCGGGCCGGCGCAGCUACGAGCUGAGUCCCGGGAACUUGGGGCCGCAGGGAGGCUGUGAGCACCAAGGGGGCUGCCCUGCUUGACCUGGAGCCAUCUGUCCAUCUUUCCUUCUGUCUCUGCAUCCAUCCACCUCUCCGCAGAGCUGAGGCUUCACCCCAGAGCAUCUGUGCAGAGUGAGGAAAGGACAAGAACAUGCUCUAAAGUCCUCUGCAAGAAGACCCAGGAAGCUGUGAGCUCAACCCAAACCCUGAAGCUGCCCCGCCCCCCCGCCCACCAUGGCCUCCGCUGACAAGAAUGGCGAGAGCGUCUCCUCGGUGUCCAGUAGCCGCCUGCAGAGCCGGAAGCCACCCAACCUAUCCAUCACCAUCCCUCUGCCUGAGACCCCGGCCCCCAGCGAGCAGGCCAGCAUGCUGCCCCAGAGGCCCGGGAACCCAGCCUUCCUGAAGAGCGUCAGCCUCCAGGAGCCGAGGGCACGAUGGCAGGAGGGCGGCUCGGAGAAGCGCCCCGGCUUCCGCCGACAGGCCUCCCUGUCCCACAGCAUCCGCAAGGGUGCAGCCCAGUGGUUCGGGGUCAGCGGCGACUGGGAGCUGAAGCGGCAGCACUGGCAGCGCAGGAGCCUGCACCACUGCAGCGUCCGCUACGGCCGCCUCAAGGCCUCGUGCCACAGGGACCUGGAGCUCCCCAGCCAGGAGGUGCCCUCCUUCCAGGGCACCGAGUCUCCGAGACCCUGCAAGAUGCCCAAGAUUGUGGAUCCCCUGGCCCGAGGACGGGCGUUCCGCCACCCAGACGAGGUGGACCGGCCCCACGCCCCGCACCCACCCCUGACCCCUGGGGUCCUGUCCCUCACCUCCUUCACCAGCGUCCGCUCUGGCUAUUCCCACCUGCCCCACCGCAAGAGGAUCUCUGUGGCCCACAUGAGCUUUCAAGCUGCCACGGCCUUCCUCAAGGGGCGCUCGGUACUGGAUGCCACAGGACAGCAGUGCCGGGUGGUCAAGCGCAGCUUUGCCUACCCCAGCUUCCUGGAGGAGGAUGCGGUCGAUGGAGCAGAGACAUUCUACAACUCAUUUUUUAGUAAGGAAGAAAUGAGUUCCGUGCCUGAUGAUGUGUUUGAGUCGCCCCCACUCUCUGCCAGCUACUUCCGGGGCAUCCCACGCUCGGCCUCCCCGGUCUCCCCCGAAGAGGUGCAGGUCCCUCUGAGGGAGUCUGACCGAGCCCCGGUGCCCGCGGCCAAACGCGGCAAGCGUAUCGCAUUCAAGGUGAAGCACUUUGCCUUGGACCGGAAGAAGCGGCACUACGGCCUGGGCGUUGUGGGCAACUGGCUGAACCGCAGCUACCGCCGCAGCAUCAGCAGCACCGUGCAGCGCCAGCUGGAGAGCUUCGACAGCCACCGGCCCUACUUCACCUACUGGCUGACGUUCGUCCACAUCAUCAUCACGCUGCUGGUGAUUUGCACGUACGGCAUCGCGCCUGUGGGCUUCGCCCAGCACGUCACCACCGAGCUGGUACUCAGGAACAAAGGUGUGUAUGAGAGCGUGAAGUGCAUCCAGCAGGAGAACUUCUGGAUUGGCCCCAGCUCGAUUGACUUGAUCCACCUGGGAGCCAAGUUCUCGCCCUGCAUCCGGAAGGACCAGCAGAUCAAGCAGCUGGUGCUGCGGGAGCGAGAGCUGGAGCGGGACUCGGGCUGCUGUGUCCAGAACGACCACUCGGGCUGCAUCCAGACGCAGGAGCAGGACUGCUCGGAGACUUUGGCCACUUUUGUCAAGUGGCAGGAUGAUACGGGGCCCCCCAUGGACAAGUCUGCGCUGGGCCAAAAGCGGACAUCGGGGGCUGUGUGCAACCAGGACCCCAGAACCUGCGAGGAGCCGGCCUCCAGUGGUGCCCACAUCUGGCCCGAUGACAUCACCAAGUGGCCGAUCUGCACGGAGCAGGCCAGGAGUAACCGCUCGGGCUUCCCGCACAUGGACUGCCAGAUCCGGGGCCGCCCCUGCUGCAUCGGCACCAAGGGCAGCUGUGAGAUCACCACUCGGGAAUACUGUGAGUUCAUGCACGGCUAUUUCCACGAAGAGGCCACGCUCUGCUCCCAGGUGCACUGCUUGGACAAGGUGUGUGGGCUGCUGCCCUUCCUCAAUCCUGAGGUCCCAGAUCAGUUCUACAGGCUCUGGCUGUCUCUGUUCCUUCACGCUGGCGUGGUGCACUGCCUCGUGUCUGUGAUCUUCCAAAUGACCAUCCUGCGGGACCUGGAGAAGCUGGCCGGCUGGCACCGCAUCGCCAUCAUCUUCAUCCUCAGCGGCAUCACCGGCAACCUCGCCAGUGCCAUCUUCCUCCCGUACCGCGCAGAGGUGGGCCCAGCAGGGUCGCAGUUCGGCCUCCUGGCCUGCCUCUUCGUGGAGCUCUUCCAGAGCUGGCAGCUGCUGGAGCGGCCCUGGAAGGCCUUCCUGAACCUGUCGGCCAUCGUGCUCUUCCUGUUCAUCUGCGGCCUCCUGCCCUGGAUCGACAACAUUGCCCACAUCUUUGGCUUCCUCAGCGGCCUGCUGCUGGCCUUCGCCUUCCUGCCCUACAUCACCUUCGGCACGAGUGACAAGUACCGCAAGCGCGCCCUCAUCCUUGUGUCGCUGCUGGUCUUCGCCGGCCUCUUCACCUCGCUGGUCAUCUGGCUCUACGUCUACCCCAUCCACUGGCCCUGGAUCGAGUACCUCACCUGCUUUCCCUUCACCAGCCGCUUCUGCGAGAAGUACGAGCUGGACCAGGUGCUGCACUGACCACCUGCCUGGAGGGGCCGGCGCGGCUGCUCCCACGCAGCGCUGAGGACACGGGGACUGUGCCCGGGCCAGGCUGCCUGCCUGCACAGCUCCCACCCCCACUCCAGAGACCCUGUGGGGCCGGCCCUGCUCCCAGGAGCUCUGCCCCCAGGAGAGGCUGAGUCUGCGGGAGACGGUCAUCAAGGGGGGGCUCCUUGAGGGACUGAGGCCCACCCUUCCCAGGCCCGGGCUGGGGGACACUCCAGGCAUGUGCUUCUCUGCAGCUCAGGGCCCAGGCCCUGACAUCACCCUGCUCCCCUGCUGUCAGGACCACUUCCUGGGGGGUGGGCUCCUUUCUUCCCAGGGUCCUGGGCUGCUGCCCGUCUCCCACCUCUGGCUCUGCUGGUACGUUCCCCCUCCCCGUUGCUGUGAGCCUGCCCUUCCUGGGGACCCUGCUGGGGUUCCCACCAGGUUCCCAGCCCUGCCUGGCCACGGCCCCUUCCUGUUUCCCCUCCCAUCUCUGCCCUGUGAGUCCACGCCCUGCAUUCAUCCGUGGCCUGGUGAGCCGGCCCAUAAAGCUCCGGGUCCGAACCUUCUGGGACAGGGUUUGGCCGUGGUCUGGGGCAGAGAAGGAGCAAAGAGACACAGCUAGACUGGGAAGCCGAGAGCCUCCGCUGUUCUCAGCAAACAGAGGCUGAACCCGCCCCGCACCCAGGCCCCCCAGCCCUCCCAGCCCAGGCCCUUCCUUCAGGUCAGUGUUCUGCCUCCUGGGGCUGGACUGACGCCAGCCAGCCCACCGUCCUCUGCCUCACUCCUGCCCAGGCGAGGGCAGGGCCACCCCAAGGACCUGUGUCCAGGGGUUGCCCAAGGUCAAUCAGGCCUUUUUUUUUUUUUUUUUUAACCAGUUUAUAUUAUGGUCCUAAUUUUUUUAAAGUAACGCUAACUUUGUAUGGACGAUGUCUGAAAUGUAUUAAAUGAUAUUCUUUAAGAAAA